CCGCUCUAGCCGCCCGGCGUUCCCAGCUUGGUUUCCGGCGCGGGGCGCUCGGGUUCCCGGAGACGGACGCUCCCCGCACGUGGAGAGGCGCAGGCGCCCCGCCACCCCGCCCCGCGCCGCCCAGAUGUUCGAGGAGCCCGAGUGGGCCGAGGAGGCCUCCUUGGCCGCGGGCCUCGGGCCGGUAGCCUCGCGGCCGCGGCCUGCGGCAGCCUGCCAAGUCAAGGGCUCCAAGCGCCGACAGCUCUUGGCCACGCUACGGGCCCUGCAGGCAGCAUCUCUCUCCCAACAACUCCCCAGCCUACCUGGCAGCGACUCUGAGGAGGAGGAAGUGGUGGAGAGGAAAAAGAAACGCCCCAAAAAGGCCUCAUUGGCCAGUGUUCCUACUAAGGCAGAGCAGAAAAGGAAGAAGCAGCAUCAAAAACAAGGCCUACCUGGCAGUGACUCUGAGGAAAAGGAAGUAAAAAAGAAGAAGUGCCAGAAAAGGGCUCUUGAAGGUGAUUCUGCUGCAGAAGACAAAAGAAAGGGGAAAUGCCGGAAACAGGCGCCUUCAAACCCUGCCCAGCACCUGGACGGUGUUGACCAAACAGGUGCCACAGCUUGGAAGAGUGGUGCUACAGAUGACCCGUCCAAGCCAAGCCCUGUGACCACGUCCCCCCACACUCCCCAUGCCUUGAGUCGCAAGCAGUGGCGGAACCGGCAGAAGAACAAGCGGAGACACAAGAACAAGUUCCGGCCACCUCAGCCGCCGGACCCGGCCAAAGCCACAGCCACAGCCCCCACAGAGGAGACGGAGGUGCCCCCCGCCCCCUCUCAGGAUAACCACGAGGCCCGCGCAGGAGCCCUGCGCGCCCGCAUGGCGCAGCGGCUGGAUGGUGCUCGAUUUCGCUACCUCAACGAGCAGCUGUACUCGGGGCCCAGCAGUGCCGCACAGCGCCUCUUCCAGGAAGACCCCGAGGCCUUCCUCCUCUACCACCGCGGCUUCCAGAGCCAAGUCAAGAAGUGGCCGCUACAGCCGGUGGACCGCAUCGCCAGGGACCUUCGCCAGCGGCCUGCGUCCCUGGUGGUAGCUGACUUUGGCUGUGGGGACUGCCGCCUGGCUUCAAGUAUCCGGAACCAGGUGCACUGCUUUGACUUGGCCUCUGUGGACCCCAGGGUCACUGUGUGUGACAUGGCCCAGGUGCCUCUGGAGGACGAGUCCAUAGAUGUGGCUGUGUUCUGUCUUUCGCUGAUGGGAACCAACAUCAGGGACUUCCUGGAGGAGGCAAAUCGAGUGCUGAAGCCCGGGGGUCUCCUGAAAGUGGCUGAAGUCAGCAGCCGCUUUGAAGACGUUCGCGCCUUUUUGGGAGCCGUGACCAAACUGGGCUUCAAGAUCAUCUCCAAGGACCUGAGCAACAGCCACUUCUUCUUGUUUGAUUUUGAAAAGACUGGGCCCCCUCGAGUGGGCCCCAAGGCUCAGCUCCUAGGCCUGAAGCUUCAGCCGUGUCUCUAUAAGCGCAGGUGACCUCUGGACCCCCCUUGAAGGGGGAUGCGUGUCUUGAACUCCAUAACCAGCCGGGCUGUGACCCAGGACCGGGUUCCGCCCUUCCUCUAUCCCAAGAACAAAGUGUGAUGAAACCCGUGGUUCAGCCCUGCUCUACUAAAGGAUUCUGGUUGCAAGAAGCAUAAAAUCACUCGGGCUGGCUAAAGAAUACGGAAGUUAUUAUGAGUACACAGGGAUAUCUGGGAAUUAUGGAUCCCCUAGGUGUCAUGGACAUUAGAUUAUUUGGAAUU